AGAUCCUGGACACUAGUUUUCAAUUUCAGUCUAUUAAAAGGCUUUUGUGAUUGACAUUUUUGAUAUUUUGGCUUCUUCAAAGGAUUUGCUAUUAUAUCCUACAUUGAAUUGUCAAAGAGGAUUUGGAGGCCUGCAUUGGUUGGUUUAUUAUGCGGGUCUCGAAUUUGUCUUGAGUGGCAGAACAUAUUUGUCAUAAUAGUAUGGGCUGUAUUUGCUCAAAGGGUUCUUCCGAUGAUGAUUAUGUUAUCCAACAUGACAAGGAGAAAGAAAAAAAAGUUGAUAAAUCUUUUGUACAUAUGGUUUCUCCCUUACAACGAGAGGAGAUAAAAGUAGACUUAAUUAAUCCUAAGAUUGAAAUACCUAUGAAAUCUAAAUCAAAGCAGACAUUUGAAAUGAGUGUUCUUCAUAUUCCUCCAACAAAAGGUGAGGAUGAUGGAAAAACAAGAAUUAUAGAGAGGCCUAAGGAAGGCCAUCACAAGAGGCGGUCCACUGUAGAUUUUGGUGUGCAACAAUCGAUGUCUAGAGUUUUAAGCAUGCCUAAUGGUGCAAGGAGUGAAUUAGGAGCGGCGGGAUGGCCAUCCUGGCUAACUGCUGUGGCAGCUGAGGCUAUUCAAGGGUGGGUUCCUCGUAGUGCAGAGUCAUUUGAAAAAUUAAACAAAAUUGGUCAAGGAACAUACAGUAGUGUGUACAAGGCCCGUGACCUUAAAACCAAUAAAAUUGUCGCAAUGAAGAAAGUGAGAUUUGUUAAUAUGGAUCCGGAGAGCGUUCGCUUUAUGGCAAGAGAAAUAUGUAUUUUGCGUAAAUUGGACCAUCCAAAUGUUAUGAAACUUGAAUCUUUGGUCACAUCUAGGAUAUCAGGUAGCUUAUAUCUUGUAUUUGAAUACAUGGAGCAUGAUCUUGCUGGACUUGCAGCAGCACCUCGGGUAAAGUUUUCUGAAGCACAGAUUAAAUGUUAUAUGCAACAACUGCUUCGUGGACUUGAACAUUGUCAUAUUCGGGGUGUACUUCAUCGAGACAUUAAGGGUUCAAACCUUCUCAUUGAUGAUAAUGGUGUUUUGAAGAUUGGAGACUUUGGCUUGGCUACAACCAUUGACCCUAAACAAGCACAUCCAUUAACAAGUCGUGUUGUAACUUUAUGGUAUAGAGCUCCCGAGCUUUUGCUUGGUGCAACAGAAUAUGGAGUGGCCAUAGAUAUGUGGAGUGCUGGCUGCAUCCUGGCUGAAUUAUUUUCUGGAAAACCUAUCAUGCCCGGAAGAACAGAGGUGGAGCAAAUGCAUAAGAUUUUUAAAUUUUGUGGUUCACCUUCUGAAGAAUACUGGAAGAAAUCAAAACUGCCUCAUGCUACUAGCUUUAAGCCACAACACCCAUAUAAGCGAUGUGUCACUGAUACAUUCAAGGACUUUCCCCUUUCAGCUUUGACUCUGGUUGACAUCCUACUUUCAAUAGAACCUGAAAAGCGUGGUACUGCUUCUUCUGCACUCAACAGUGAGUUCUUCAAUACAAAGCCCUUACCUUGUGAUCCAUCUAUCUUACCAAAAUAUCCUCCACGUAAGGAAUAUGAUGCUAAGAUUCGAGAAGAGGAAACAAGAAGACGAAAAGCUGAGAGUGUUAAAGGAUGUGGAGAUGAAUCAUUGAGAAAGUCCUCAAGGCAAUCAAAGGGAGAAAGCAUUACAGAAUCUAUUGUUGGGCAGGGACAACCAAAUAUUAGCAUUAGUGUUAAAUAUAAUCCUCUAGAAGAAAGUGGAACUGGAUUCCCCAUUGAGCCUCCAAGAGUGAAAAAUGGAAACGGAUUCACUCAUUCUACUUCAGUGAUCCAUCCGAAUGCAGCUGGAUAUUCUCGCAAUGUCAAAGAGGAUUCAUGUGUGUCCCAACAUGGUGGAGAGUUUCUAAGACAGGGUUCUCACACGUCUAGAGUUGUAGGAGACUUUUCUAGUGUUCAUCCAAAGAGGGCCGACGGGUCAUCUUAUGGGGAUUCAACAGUUUAUAUGCCAAAGAAAAGUAGACUCCUUUGCUCCGGACCACUAGUGCCACCAGGGGGAAGUAUGGAAGACAUGUUAAAGGAACAUGAGAAACAAAUCCAAGAAGCAGUUCGAAAAGCACGUCUAGAAAAAGGAAGGACCAAAAAGAAUUGUUAUGAUUAUGACUAGGCCAAAUUCAUGAUCCUCUUUUCUUUUGAACUGAUUGAUCACUACUGACGGAAGAAGUAUAUAUUAUGUGGUUGUUUUUUCUUCUUUUGUCAUGCAAAUGAGAUCCACAGUCGUAAAGGACCUGGGAGGAGGAGAUACAUUUCCAGCAUUUCCUUCGGGGAAGAACUCUGAAACCUCCUGGCUCGAUUUGUAAAGCUAAGAUUGUUUGGUGGCCUAAUAUAUACACACACCCCUUUGAGGAUGGAAACUUGCUUGUAUAGUUUGAAAAAUUUCCUCAUUCCUGAAUUUAUGUGUACAUGGUAAAUCUACUUCUUCUUUAAUAUAUGGAAUAUUGAAGUUCAGAAGUUGUU